CGAAGGUUUUGUUUUGACAUGGCAGAGACACUCGACGUCAUUGCCUGAUUUGCGUCAAGGUGUUUCACGACGAUGCCAAUGGAGCUAGCGGCUGAGGCCGAGGCGGAGCAGCAGCGCUGGGCUGGCGCUGAACUGCUGGUAUGUGCCGUGAUCCAGCUACUACUGGUGAACGUGGCCUACCGCAUCGACCGUAUGCGCGAGGCUCCGCUGUUGUCCACGUCGUCAUGGGCCAUUUUCUUUGGUCUUCUGAGCGGCGCAUUGCUCGCGCUCGUGUCGGAAGUGCGCGUGCAAGGUGCUGGACUGGAUCCGCAGAUUCUGUUCCUGGGGCUGCUGCCCCCGAUCAUCCUGGAGGCUGGCUUCAAUACUCAACGCAAGGGCUUUUUCAGCAAUUUUUUCGCCAUCUUGUUAUUGGCAAUUGUUGGUACUUUGCUGGCUACUUUUGCCACGGGAGGGAUCCUCAUCUGGCUGGGUAACAUGGGGAUCAUUACGCAACUCACGUCUGCUGAGGCAUUUCUCUACGGGUCUUUGAUCUCUGCUAUCGACCCGGUGGCAACGCUACUGGUAUUCAAGAAGUGCAGAGCGCCCUCCCUGCUAUUCAAUCUGGUGUUUGGAGAGAGUGUAUUGAACGACGCAGUAGCCAUCGUCAUCUUUACGCUUUUCCAGAGGUUCGUGGAGAGCGGCAACACCGACGUCAACGCCCAAGUGGCCAUGUUUAUGGUAUUCAGACUGCUAAGUAUCGGUGUGGGGUCUGUAGCUCUGUCUGGAGCCAUCUGCUACUCGUCCGCUUACUUUUUGCGUCACUCAGACCCUGCACUACGUCAACACCCGAUCUACGAGAUGUCCAUCAUUCUUUUGAGUUGCUACGCGAGUUACUUGGCGGCUGAUUUAUUCGAGCUCAGUGGACUACUGGCAGUAUUCUUCAGUGGGGUAUUCAUCCGACACUACCACAUGUACAACAUCUCCAAGGCCAGUGCGUUCGCGUUCAAGCAGCUACUGUCGACGAUGGCUUUUCUAGCCGAGAAUUUCAUCUACCUGUACCUUGGAUUGAGUGUAUUCGCGUACCGUGACUCGUUCAUCUGGGACUGGAAGUUUAUCUUUGCCAAUUUCGGCGCGUGUUUACUGGCUCGAGCGUUCAAUACGUUCCCACUGUGUUCACUCGCAAACCUCGGGCGUUCGGAGCAGCAGAAAAUCCCCUUCACGUACCAGAUCGUCAUUUGGUUCUCUGGACUGCGUGGCGCUAUUGCGUUCGCGCUGGUGCUGAAUGUUUCGACGGGUAAUCCCAUCCACGCGGCAAUUCUCAAGAGCUCCACGCUGUUCCUGGUGUUGUUUACGACUGUGUUUUUCGGAGCGGCGACGGGUCCUCUACUGCGCGUUCUCGGACUGGCAGGAGAUCCUCAGCCUGAGCGAGAAGUGGUUAGCUGCGAGGACAAUUACACGGGCGAAGCUGACGAGCAACAACUGCUACUACGACAGUCUCUGUCCCCUCCUGGGUCGCACAGUGUGCACAGCCGUUGGGUGGAUCUCGAUGAGAAGUACCUCAAGCCGAUCUUUGGCGGUAAUCCACGUCCGAAGAGCGACACGAAUCUGGUGAGAUAUGUGGAGAUCGAAGAGGAGACUCAAAUUCCCAGUGCAUGACGCAGACUACCCUACGUCGGAAACACUCAACUGCAUCGUUCUAAGCAGCAAGACAAAACCGUGCAUGGAGCAAGAAUAGUACGAUAGAAAGCUGGAGAGAAGUGUUCCAUGCUUGUGCGGAGUCUGCUAACUAUUACCCAAUUGAUGUGAUAAUUGCUUUGGUGUUGUCUUUAGGUUACUUGAAAACUGGCGAGUAGACGUACUCCAAAGUCCCGAUCUGGAUUUGUUGAACGUCCUGGUACAGUUUGCGUCGUAGAUGUCGGCGGACGACAUUGAUCGGAUCCUGACGCAUGUGCUCCCAGUCUGCUUCUUCAUCUAGGAAAUGGUCGCGAUAUGUUGCCAACGCUUUCACGUGUUUGUCCUUAUUCUGACGGAUCUCCGAGCAGUGCACGAGCAGGUCAUGAGAAUUCACUUCCACUAACGGGUCUAGAGCUGCUUUAUCUACAGUCUCAAUGGUGCGGAACUUCGCAGCCUGUGGAGCGACAACAUCCUUUGACGAGUUGCUACUUGGCGUCACUGUGACUGAUACAGAUGCUAGCUUGGUAUUCGCUUGAGUUCGACUCGGUUGUAUCCUUUUACCCCGCCGAACUGACGGAACAGAAGGUUCGAUGUGGUCAUUUGCUUCCCUUUUGCGUUCAAGAAGCUUCAUUUUCGACUUCCAAUUGCGCGUUUGCCAUGGUGAUUCCUGCGUAGCGAAAGAAAACAAAGUUGUGCAUCAGGCUAUAGUCGCAAGGACAACAACAAUAGGUUCGUACAGCGUGCAGACUGGCGAGUUUCUUCGCGAGUUCGACAUCUCGUCUGGUCUGAGGGUUCACUAUUUGACGAGAUUUGAUGCGUCGAAGCCGCUGACGAUGAGCUUUGUGCUCUUCCGUGACGCGUUCCUCCUCAAUCACCUUGGCGUCUGCGUCGAUCAGAGCCUGGAACAGCCUCUUCUGCUCUUUGGAUCCGCCUAACGUAUUGGCUAAGUCCACUGCGUUGCGAAGCUUCACCUUGCUGAGCGAUUCCUCCAAGCUAGCCUCAAUGCUGUGAGCAUUUUCGUGCCACCGAUUCUCGUUUGUUGCUUGACUACUCAACAACUGGUUUGUCUUUUGCCUUAGCGCAACUUGCUCUGCCAAUAAAUAGUCACCGACCUCUGCAAGUAGCGAUACCUAAUAUGAGUCGAUACGAUCCCAAAUAAACCAAAAACCACCUACCUGCUUC